UGGAGCACAGAUUACUCCAUCCAACCAGCAUGACCAUUGAUCAGUGCAGCGUGUAUCACUAAAAUCUCACACGCCAGCUCCUCAACGUGCACCCUUGUUGUGAUGUGAGAAUCUCUUUCGUGAUUCUUCUUCGUUGUAGCACUGUAUUUUCCCACCGCAGGAUUGCCGUUUCUUGUACUACUGAGUUUCUGGUGCAGUUCUGUUGUCCCCAUUCCAGGAGAGAAGAGAAACGACAAAGGUUGCAUAUGUUCAUUGCAUGGCCUUAUGCUGGACACUGCAGGUGCAGGAGGACGCAGCGACAGCAGCAGCAGCUUUCCUGUGCCAUCUAUGAUCUCCAUCCGUCCAUGACUGGGCAGCGGGCACUGCGAGAACGACACAAGAAAAAGGUUUUGUGUCUCCUUGCUGUCAUCAGUACGUACAGGAUCUGGCGCCUCUGCUGCGUGUCAUUAGCGCACUUUAAGGAACGGAAAAGCUAAUGUACGCGCCUGCGUUUCUUUGGCUGUUUUUCUCGCCUUGUGCAUCGUCCGAUUGUUCAGAUUCACUGUUUGAUUUUGGGAUUCUCGCGCCUCUUUAGUGUCUCGUUUCCAUCGCUCUGCUGCUCCGCCUCUUCACUUUCUCGCGCUGUCGUCGUCUCCCAGUGUGGCUGCCACGCUCGCCCCAGCCUCCUGCCGCGCGCCGCGCUGAGCCUCCUGCCGCGCGAGCCUCCAGUGCGGCUGCCGCGUGCGCCCUCCAGUGUUGUUGCCGCGCACGCCAUGAGUUGUCGUGGGCGAGGUGGAUCCGACGAGAUCCAUGGCGGAGGCCGAGGAGGCCCCGACUAGAUCUAUGGCGGGGGACGAGGUAGCUCCGACGAGGUACAUAGCGCGGGUGGAGGCAGCUGCGAUUCCGACGAGGUCCACGUCGGAGGGCGAGGAGGCCGCGACUGGAUCUAUGGCGGGGGGCGAGUUGGCUGCAGCAGGAUCCAUGUUGGAGGAGGGGAAGGUCCGACGGGAUCCAUGGCCGGGGGUGGUGGAGCUGGCUGCGACGGUAUAUACGGCAGAGGGUGAGGGUGUCCCGACGGGAUCCAUUUUCGCUGUCCGGCGGCAGCAACCUGGGGUGAAGCAGGCGGGUCUGGAGUUCCACUGCGCGAAGGUUGUGUCCCGGCAUCUGGUGGCACUGUCGAUCCGGUGAGGGUGCUCUUCGUUUUACUUCAUCCUUUCCUGUGCUCGAGUAUAUUUUCCUAGUUCUACUGUUUUUUUUGGGAUGUUCAGUAUGCAAUGUGUGUUCUUCUGUUUCUAUUAGCAAAGGAACAAAUUAUGCAAUUCUAGUUAAAAUUUGUCCUAGUAUAUUUGAGGAUAGCAUAGGUAUUGUUGAAAUUUAUAUAUAGUUAAUGCAUGCAAUUUUGAAGUUGUAAUUUAGCAUUGAAAUGUAUGUGCGAUGUCUGUGCCUUGACGGAGAUGAAUGAGUGUGAGAUGUCUGUGCGAACUGUGAUGUGGUUCUUUUUAAAGGAAAUCUAGGUUGCUGCCUGGAUUCUCUCUUGGGUCCAUCAGCCAGUGAUUCAGACUUACAUAUAUAUGAUGCAACUAUGUCUGGUACUAUAUAAAUAGGCAAAUAAAAAAAAAGAUUAAGUAUAGCCGUAUAUAUAGGAACAACACUGUAACUGAAGAACAGUGGCAAGUGUUGUGAUCUUUUAUUGUGAAGCAGCAGACAGCUACUUUUUUUGUGGUGAUGGUGCAUACUAAUGCAGAGAGGGACGGAGAGAACCAAGAGCUGAUACAGAUUGAAGAACUGAAUUGGGUGUAUCCUAGCUUGUUGUUUGGGGAUUUGGAAUAAAGGGAGCUUGAUGGAGGAAGCUUGAACAUUUUUUAGGCUCAUCUGCUCCUGGAACUGGACAAGAUGAUGUCCUGGUCAAUUAUUAACUCCAUUAACUUGCUGCUACUGUUGGGUUAUUCCUGUCCUGGUUCAUUAAAUUGCCACUGUUGAUUAUACACUAGCUACUAGCUGCAUCUUUCUGAUUCAUGCGUGCAUUUUGAGGCAUGUCUUGUCUCUUGGUCUGCAAGCCAGGAGGCAAAGUGGCUUCAGAGCUACAAAAAAUGAUUUUAUAUGGGAUGGAGCUGCGGAGUUUAAUUAUAGCCGUGGAGCAGCUCAUUCUUGUUUUUUCAGUUUUUUGUUUGAUUUUUUCCUUAUGUUAUCUCAUGUUAAUGUCCCUUAGGAGUUUUUUUUGUUUGGAGUAGGUUCCAUUAUAUCCAGGAUUUGCAUCAUUGAUAAUUUGUUUUGUGUUUAUUGUUUAGGUAAAUAAUCUAAGCUAGCUAAGUAUAGUUGUGUGGAGUUAUAAAAUGUAUUUUCUCAGUAUAUUUAGUUCUUAGAAAUUGUUUAUUUAUAUUUAGUUUUUUAUUUACAUUUUUUGUUAUUUUUGCAGGGCAUCAUUUCCUCUCCUAUGGUUAAGUUGAUUGAAACUUUUGCUGUUUUUUGCAAGUCUCAGAGAGCUGCUUAUAGGGAGAAGGUGUUAAUUGAAGCAGAGAAACAAUUUCCGCAUGAUUUCACUUUUUUCAAGGAAAAGUUAUUAGCUGAUUUUGGCCAAAUAGUGGAUGUCGAAUGCAUUGAUAGUACUUGCCAAGUUCUGUAUGACAAGGUCAGGGGUUGUUGUUCAAUUUGCAAGUCAAGGUGUACUGAAGCUAUCGUCGAUUCUCUAAAAAUUUUGGCUGAAGCAAUGACUAUUAAGCAUCAGAAGUUUUUGAAUUCCAACAACCUUCUGGCGAAAGAUAUGGAUAUUAAGUCAGAUGAGAAAGCUACCAAAAUUGAUACUAAUGUGCAGCCAGUUGAUGUUAAGUCGAAUGAGAAAGGGGCUGGUGUGGGCAUUGUUGAGGCUUCUCAUGGAAAAGCUCAUGUGGUUAUUACAAAUCCCCUGAUAACAGUGCCCAUACAGUUGGAGACACCAAUUGUUAAUAGGCUGGAUGGAAAUAAUGGAACAUCUUUGAAUCCACCAGUGGAGUGUGCUCAUCCUCUCAACAAGCGAUUCCAUUACUCAAAAACUGAUAAGUUGGGUCUCUUUCCACGUACAAAGCUUUUCUCACCUGUGGGUCUUUUUGACCUUCAAAUUACAGAUGAUGAAAGUGAUCACAAUGGAAGGGGCAGAAAUACUGCAGCUGCUAUAUGUCCACACGAGCCAGCUGGUGUUCCAAUUGGGCUAGGCCAACUUGCUCCUCCUAUAGCCACCCAUGUUGUUUAUGGUGCAACAUCAGCAGCGGCAACAGGUUGUGUUAACAAUGAUGUUUAUAGUGGUGUUGCUUCUGUGAUGUUGUCUCAGAUUCCAAAGGCACAUGCUGCUGGUGCAUUUUUAGCAGGGAAUGAUAAUAUAUAUGAGCCUACACUAGCAUUGAAUUAUUCAAAGUUAAACUCAACUGAAAGACAUAGAAACUCCGGAGGAAUAAGUGGCAAAAAGGAAGAAGUUAUUGUCAUUGCUGAUGAUGUAGGGGCUGAUCAGGAGGUGCAAACUGCUGCUGUUAAUAUGGUUGGCGCUAAUUUACAUGGUAGUAGUAGAUCCAAAUCAGCAGCUGCAAUUGAUCAGAUAUACAAUGAUAUGAGCAUAUUCAACGUAGAGUCAGAAGCUGGGGGAUUCUUUUUGGAAAAUCAACUAGAAGUUGGAAAUGUAGUCAGGAAUGAUGUUGGUGAAAAUUGGUUACAAGUUCAAAAUGCUCACGCCCGUGUUCCAUGUUCUAAUGUGCUAUUGCGAUAUUAUAAUAUUCUUUGUGGCAUGGGGCGGAGCCAAUGGAAAGACUGUAUUUUCCAGUGUGCCAUGCGAACCAUUGGUUUUUGUUCAUUGUUGAUUUGAAGAAUAAGCGUUUUGUUUUUAUGGAUUCAUAUUUUGAUGAGGAAGAUCCUUUUCAAUGCUUUGUUAGAGACAAGCUUAUUCGGAUGUUUAAAGUCCUAUGGUUAUUAUAUUCUGAUUCAAACAUAGAUGUAUCAUCAUUCAAAAUUUUAUAUCCCGCGGUACCAAAACAGGAAAAUACGCAUGACUGCGGUAUUUUCACACUUCAAUACAUGGAAUAUUGGGAUAUAUUUGUUGAUAUGAUGCUCAAGAUCCGCACUGAGGACAUCCCUCAAAUUCGAAUCACCUUGGCCAAGGAUCUCUAUUUUAGUGAGAAGAACACUGAAGACAAGUCUCUAGUUUGCAACAUGUUUCUUCAGGUUUUUUGUGAUUCAAUUUGUGUUGUUUUUUUGGGCGCUCUUAUUAUUUUGUUUUUCUAGUUUUUCCUUUUUUUCGUGGGUGGUGCGUGCAGUGCUGAUGGUGGUAUGGAGCUUUUUUGUUUUUUAUGCAUCAUUUUUUUUGGUCUGAUUUGCUUUUUUUAUACCAGAAUAUUGAUCCUCAGAUUGUCAACUAGCAUAUUUGAACCGUUGGGAAGUAGUUGUUCGUGUUUUCUAUGGAUGUUGGAGCAGCAAUGGCAGAGAUUUCUGAUUCAUCAUCGUCAAGUUUUGAUCCAUAGCUUCUUUUUCCAAUAAAAAAAAGACAUGUUAUAUCUCAUGUUCAUUCUAUGUUCAUUUUCCCCAGUGUAUGUAAUAAAAGUGUGAUUUCGUACUAUUAUUGAAUUAAAGAGUUUGUUUUUUACUGUUUA